GGCAAAGGUGGAAAGGGACUCGGCAAAGGCGGCGCCAAGCGUCAUCGCAAGAUUCUUCGCGACAACAUCCAGGGAAUCACCAAGCCCGCCAUCCGCCGUCUUGCCCGCCGCGGUGGUGUCAAGCGUAUCUCCGCCCUCAUCUACGAGGAGACCCGCGGAGUCCUCAAGUCCUUCCUCGAGAGCGUCAUCCGCGACGCCGUCACCUACACCGAGCACGCCAAGCGCAAGACCGUCACCUCGCUCGACGUCGUCUACGCCCUCAAGCGACAGGGACGCACUCUCUACGGUUUCGGUGGUUGA